CAGCCUAUAAAAUCAAACGAGACGGGGCUGCGAGGAGACCGCUGGUACCGAGGAAAGACGGUGCAAGUACUGCCCUGCUCACGGAAAACUUUUUGUCUGGCCGAAACUCGGAUGAUUCUCAACAGCGGACGUUCACAGCUAACGACAAAGGACGUUUUGUUAUAAGGAGGAAACUUUUUAUUCUCUCUCAUUACUGUAAUUGCUGGUUUAAAGAAGCCGGUUUCUCGGGAGUUUUUGAAGGGAGUCCUUUGCGGAGGUUUGGGAUGCUGCUUCCCUGCGCGCUCCACUCCUUGCUUUGCGCGCUGAGCUGCGCGUGGUGGCUGCACGGAGGAGCGGCCUCGCGGCUCAAGUCUCCCUCUUUGCCCAUCCAGCCCGAGACAGAACCGCUGCCCUUCAAAGGCACAUCAGGAUGCUCAUUUGGAGGUCGCUUUUAUUCCCUGGAGGACAAGUGGCACCCAGACCUGGGGGAGCCCUUUGGCAUCAUGCACUGUGUCCAGUGCCACUGUGAACCUCAAAAGAGUCGCCGUGGUAAGGUGUCUGGAAAGGUAAACUGCAAAAACAUAAAACAAGACUGUCCGGCCCUGGACUGUGACAAUCCUGUCCAGCUGGCGGGGCACUGCUGCAAAACCUGUCUUCAAGGUGGUAAAAAACAGAUUGACUCUGUGCUGAACACCUUUGAUUAUUUCCGCCGAAAGAGCAAAGAGCGAGAGGAAGAACUCCACAAGUCAUACAAUGAUAGAUCCUACCUGAGCUCUGAGGACGUGGGGCCUGGGGAGAGCCGCACAGACUUUGUAGCAGUGCUGACAGGACUGAAGGACUUGUGGCUGCCCAGCUCCAGUGGAGUUGCCAGAGUUCGCUUUACUCUGACCAGAAGCAGCCUGACCUUUUCCAUCACGUACCAGAGAAUGGGCCGUCCCACUAAGAUUGCCUUCCUGGACUCAGAUGGGACCCCUGCUUUCGAGUACAGAGUCCCCAAGGGAGACUCCGACAUGAUCUGUGGAGUAUGGAAGAACGUGGCUGAGCCUCUACUGCGACAGCUGCAGUCUGAGCAGAUGCACAUCAGUAUGUCCACAGGCCAACGAGACGAAGUGGAGGGAAGGAUCAUCAAACACAGAGCACUGUUUGCUGAGACAUUCAGUUCAAUACUGACGUCAGAGGAAGAGAAUUCAGCCAUGGGAGGCAUUGCUAUGUUGACGCUGAGUGACACUGAGAACAACCUCCAUUUCAUCCUCAUCCUGCAGGGCCUCAUCCAACACAGAGAUAGAGACCCCAUUUUGGUGCCCAUCCGAGUCCAGCUGUUGUACCGGCAGCACAUCCUGAGAGAGAUCCGAGCCAACAUCACGUCUCAUGAUCCGGACUUUGCAGAGGUGCUGACAGACCUGAACAGCCGUGAGCUGUUCUGGUUAUCUCGCGGUCAGCUAGAGAUCGCAGUGGCCGCCGAGGGUCAGGAUCCCAGGCAAAUCUCAGGUUUCAUCACAGGCAGAAAAUCUUGUGACACUAUUCAGAGUGUGAUGUCCAGCAGUGAUGCAUUGAUCCCGGGGAAGACGGGAGGUGUGGGAUCUGCUAUCUUCAACCUCCAUGAUAAUGGAACGCUGCAGUACCAGGUUCAGGUCGCAGGGCUCACCAACGAUGUCGUCAGCCUCACCAUCGAGUUGAAGCCACGUAGGAGAAACAAGCGCUCCGUCCUGUACGAUUUAACGCCAGAGUUCAGCAAGGCCACGGGGCAGGCGAUAGGCAGCUGGAGCCGCCUGGAGGCCCGACACAUCCACAUGCUGCUGCAGAAUGAGCUCUUCAUCAAUGUCGCAACAGCACACAGCCAGGAGGGGGAGCUUCGCGGACAGAUCAAGGCCCUCCCUUAUAGUGGCCUAGAGGCACCUAGACAUGAGUUGCCAACCCCUCUAGCUGGCCACUUUGUGUCCCCACCAGUAAGAACGGGUGCUUCUGGCCACGCCUGGGUGUCAGUGGACAGACACUGCCACCUGCAUUAUGAGAUACUUGUUGCAGGCCUCAGCCAAACUGACGACCUGACGGUGAACGCCCGCCUCCACGGACUGGCUGAGAUCGGAGAGCUAGAUGAUAGCACCCACAUGAGGUUGCUCACUGGCUUCUAUGGCUCAAAGGCUCAGGGAGUGUUAAAGGACAUCAGUGUUGAAUUACUGAAACAUCUGGACCAGGGAACAGCCUUCAUCCAGGUCAGCACCAAGCUCAACCCGAGAGGAGAAAUACGAGGACGGGUCCAUGUGCCAAACAACUGCGAGUUUGGGACCAGGAGCGAGGCAGAGGAGGAGGAGGAGGAGUUGGAAGACUUUCUGUCAAAGGACCCCGAGGAGCUAAAAAAAGACCCCCAUACCUGCUUCUUUGAGAACCAGCACUACCCUCAUGGUUCCAGCUGGACGCCCAACUAUGACAAGUGUUUCUCCUGUAUCUGCCAGAAGCGAACAGUAAUCUGUGAUCCAGUCAUCUGCCCGGCGUUGACCUGCUCCAGAACCAUUAAACCGGAGGGCAAAUGCUGCCCCAUCUGUGAUGAGAGGAAGGAGCUCAAGGAUGUGAAAGCUCCAGAGAGGGUUGAUGAACAUCCUGAAGGUUGUUACUUCGAAGGAGACCAGAAGAUGCAUGCCCCUGGGACCACAUGGCACCCCUUUGUUCCUCCUUUUGGCUACAUUAAAUGUGCCGUGUGCAGUUGCAAGGGAUCUACAGGAGAGGUUCACUGUGAGAAGGUGACAUGUCCAAUGCUGACCUGCAGUCACCCAGUGAGACGUCACCCCACCGACUGCUGCAAGGUGUGUCCCCAGGAGGAGAGGACCACUGCAGCCCUGGAGCACAGUGACAUGAUGCAAGCAGACAGCCCCAGAUACUGCAAAUUUGGCAAGAACUACUACCACAACAGCGACAGCUGGCAUCCCUGGGUGCCACUCUUCGGGGAGAUGAAGUGCAUCAACUGCUGGUGUGAUCACGGUGUGACCAAGUGUCAGAGGAAACAAUGUCCACUACUGACUUGCUCCAACAUCACCCGCACAGAGGGCUCCUGUUGCCCCGAAUGUCUCGAUGACAAAGAAGAAGAUGACAUGGUGAUGAAGGCUCCAGACAAAAGACAAACCUGGAGACACCACUGAUCCCUGAGCCUCCCUUAUUCGUCCAAGAUGGACAAAAAGCCAGAGCUGCUCUCUGAGGUCUUCCUUCCUCCCUCCCUCCCCUCCCCUGACACCCACCCUGUAUCAGCUUCAGGAUUGUAACGAGACAAAGUGGACACAGCGGGCCUGUAAAAUGGAAAUAAAAGACUCAAUAAGUGAAGGAAUGAAAACUGCGGGGAGAAGACCCACCAGCAUUUACUUACAUGCUGCCUUCAUUUUCGUGCCUUGAUCAUGUGUUGGAUUUUUAAUUGUAAUUUUUUUUGGAAGCAGCUCAACAAAAAAUGGACAAAUGGUGUAAACAGAUAAUGCUAUUCAGUGUUCAGAAAUCCAGCUGGACUUUUAAAUGUUGGUAAUAUUGAAAGAGCUAGUUGUAUUUGACUGACAGAGCUUCUUUGUGAAGCACAGCUUAAAUCAGUGUGAAUGUGUGUGUGCAAGUGUUUCCUUUUUUUACCUGUAAAGAAUAUAAAUAAUAAGCAAUACAAGAUCUACAAGACUGAAGUUGGCAGGGUUUGAAAAUUGUCUGCCACAGUCUGCUGCUUUCAUUGUUGUGUUUCCACCCGGUGUCGCUCACGUAUGGAUCAGUGCCGCUUGACAGCAAGAGGUCUGAAACACCUCCAGUCGAUCUCAGCGCUUCUCUGCUCUGCUCUGGUUAUUCCUCUAACCGUUUUGACUUUCAUUCAGAUCUCAUGAUGCCCGUUGUCUUUGUUGUUUAUGAAUAUGAAGCUUGUUUACAUUUUGUAUUUAUUGAACAGUGUGAAAAAAAAUAAAAAAGAUGUUUGUUGGUAGAAGCGGGCUGAUAAUCCUUCUGUCGUUGGUUUUUCAUCAUUUAUACAUCGUCACUUGUCAUUUAAGGUCGGCAGGAUUUU